CUUUCGGCGACGCGGGGCCUGCCCUCUGCUGUGUAGCGAUUACGUGGCGCGAAAGCGGAGGCAGGACGCAAGCGCGGCAUCAUGGCGGCUCCCGGUGGUCGGUCGAGGGUGCUCCUGCUGCUGGUGGCGGUGGCGGCCGGGCUCGCCCCCCGUGCGUGGGGCCUUUACUUCCACUUGGGCGAAACGGAACGCAAAUGCUUCAUCGAGGAGAUCCCGGACGAGACCAUGGUCAUCGGGAAUUACCGGACGCAGUUGUACGAUAAGCAGCGAGAAGAGUACCUUCCCGCUACUCCCGGCCUGGGCAUGUUUGUGGAAGUGAAGGAUCCCGAUGAAAAGGUGGUGUUGUCUCGGCAGUAUGGCUCAGAGGGCAGAUUUAUCUUUACUUCUCACACCCCAGGAGAGCAUCAGAUCUGCCUGCACUCCAAUUCCACAAAGUUUUCCCUUUUUGCAGGAGGCAUGCUGAGGGUCCAUCUUGACAUCCAAGUUGGGGAACAUGCCAAUGAUUAUGCUGAGAUUGCAGCUAAGGACAAGUUGAGUGAGCUGCAGUUGCGUGUUCGCCAGCUUCUGGAGCAGAUAGAACAGAUCCAGAAAGAACAAAACUACCAAAGGUGGCGAGAGGAGCGUUUCCGGCAAACCAGUGAAAGCACAAACCAGAGGGUUCUCUGGUGGUCCAUAGUCCAGACUCUCAUUCUUGUAAUCAUUGGAGUUUGGCAAAUGAGACACCUCAAGAGUUUCUUUGAAGCCAAGAAGCUGGUAUAAAAAGAGUAAUAUCAGCUCAAAGCCUGCAUUUCUCCCAGGAACAGUUCCUGGCACUUCAGGUGUCUGCGUUGAUCUUCUCUUCUCUCAUUGGCCCUUUCCACCAGACUGGUCACUUGCCAGGAUCUGUGCCAUCUACCUCCCACUGUGCCAGUUCUUCUUCCUCCUUCAACAUGUCAGCCUGUGGUGAUCUCAGUGCAGUGUUUUAGUCCCAGGAAGAUGCUGCCUUCUUUCCAGAUAGUCAAGACCAGCUCCCUUCUCUAGCUCUACAUGAAGAUUGUGUUUUGUAUUUGCAGAGAGGGGAGGAAGGCACCAUGUCUUCAACUUUUCUCCUGACUAAAUAUGUUCUUCAAAAUUAGACUCUUCUGAAAGGUGAUUGGAACUUUGUGUAGCCAGUUUCACAGUAUAUCAGAACCAAGAAAACUUGCUAUUUUUAACUGUGUUGUAUAUGUAUUAGCACUGAUUUCUAAAUACCACCAGUGCAUCACUCAGGAGAAUGUUUUGAAUAAGAAGAUCUGGAGGCUCUCAUUUCAAUUCUCCUCUUCUAUAUAUUCAUCAUAAAUAGGAUGCAGUUUAAUUUGGGGAUUUGCUGCUGUGGAAUUAAUAGGAUUCUUUCUGAAAGAAAUCUGUGUUACAGGAUUAAUGUGCUGAUCACUGGGCUACUAAUAAAAGAUGAUUAAGUAUUGAAAUUUACUUAUGCUCUUCUUCUCUAUCUUGUUAAAGUUAAUUUUUCCUGUAUAAAUCUAUUCACCAUUUUCUGGCAUUGACUACUUAAUUUUCUUACUACUUUGAAUGUAUAAGCAGUUGCAAGGUUGCUUUUAAAACAGUGCAACUUAAAUUUAGCAGCAUUCAAUGGGAUAUAUGCAGCAGUAUCUGCAGCAAACGACAGUGAAACCAAAAUUAUGGCAUACAUACAUUAUGCAGAUGCCACCUACUUGCAUCUCAAUAUCUGUUGUUUGUACAUAAGUUGGCAUUUGCAUGUCAACAUGACACGCAUUUUGCCAUCUCCUGCCAUGUCCUUGCAAAUGCCCACGUAUACAUGUUUCUGUAUAAGAUCUUAAUUACAUUUAUUUGGAAGAAAAUCCUACUGAUUUCAUGGGAAUACCCUUCCAAAUAAAGUUUCUAACAUUUCUGGGUUAAGUCUUUUGGGAGUUUCUAUCUGCCAAAUUCUUGGCUAUCUAGCAAAUGCUACAUAAUCAUUCUUAUAAAAUUAGGAAACCAUUCCUUGUUGUCUUUUCCUCUAAAUAUGGGAUGCAGUUUUGGGGGGAAGAAAAAAAGGCUUUAUUCAGACAUUAAAAUUUGUGGCCAGUAAAUUAUAUUCUGCUUUAUCAAAGAAUAAACUGCUUAAAUUCUUCUUUUUCCCUUGCGCACCUGGCUAUAAUUUUUUAUAUCCUGGAUAGUUACAUGUCAUAGUUUAACAAGCAGUGGUUCUAAGCUGCAAAGUUUAAGUCACAUUACCUUUGUUUGGAACCCAGGGGAAAUUGAACGGACAGGUCAGCCUCAAAAAUGAGUAUACAAAAGGGAGUAGCAAAAUGAUGGAAAAUUUUAUGUUGUUAGACUAUUCAUUUUGCACCCGGUUUAUUUGUCUGAAUUGGGCCAUUAUUUUUCGGGAACCAAAAUGAAGGUUCUGUUAUUACUUUAUGUUUGUGAAAUGCACUUCUGAAUAAGCUUGAAGCAAUUGUUGGCUUAUGUUCACCCAUCUGAUUUGUUUUUUUUAUCUCUUACGGGGAGCAUGGCAGGACUGAUGGAAUGAAUGCAAGCAUUCUUGUGCUCUAUUCAUUCCUUUGUCUAUCCAUACCUCCUUUUCACUAUAGAGGUGUGAAAAUUUUAUUUGCAGUUUUGUAAAGAAUGAGUAUAAAACUGGAUGGCGUAUUGUUUGGCCCACAUCUGUUUGAAAUAUAUAUAUAUAUAUUGUUUCUUUAUAAGUUUGCAUAGAAUUUUCUUUCCUUAAUGCCAAUAGUAGUUUAUUACCGAGCCAGAGGUGUCAAACUCGUGUCAUCACGUGGCAUAUCAUGACUUUUUCCCCCUUCACUAAACCAGGCAUGGGCAUGGCCAGCGUGUGACGCAUCCAGCCCUCUGGCUGUGAGUUUAACAACCCUGACCUAAGCAGAUGCAGAACUCUAUAAGACCAAGAACUAGAAGCAACUGCAGUUAGUCAUGCAAUUCAGAUGUCACCAAAUGAAUCUAAUGAACCUUGUUUGUACAUGGUAUGAAUGUGUUAUGUAACUGGCUUAAUAAAAUGGAUGGAAUAGUGAUUUUAUUGCUGAAAUACCUGGAGGUGAACUUAAAUGGUUAAGAAACUUGAAUCAGACUCCAACCUUU